AUGGAUAGAGACAACAUAAGAUUUAUACUUAGCAGAACUUGUGUAGAUCAUGAGUUGUCAUCCAUUGAAGAAUUAUUAUUUUUGGCAUCUGAUCUUACUGAAUCAUCUUCUUUCCAGGUGCUAAUGCUUGAGCAUGGUCAUCACCACCCAGGCAAACCAUCGGAACAACCAGCCAAAUCACAAUCAACCACCCACCGUGCCCCUGUAUCCUUCCACCAAGCAUGCAAAGCAACAAGACACCCACGAACAUGUGAAGCCUCGUUGACUCCACCACCCAACCAUGCCUCUUCAAAAACAGAAGAUGACCCCAUUAGAAUGCUCCAAUGUGCCACCCGGGUCUCCGCCACAAACCUCCACAGCGCCCAAAUCAUGAUCAUCAAUAUCAUAGAUAAGGCCCCAAACAAUCAGAACCUCUCCAAGGUGGUGAAAACCUGCACAGAAGUGCUCCGUAAUGCUGAGUACCGCAUGUCAUUGACGGUUGAUGCUUUGCCACGUGGGGAGAUAAAAAAUGCAAGGGCUUGGAUGAGUGCAGCCUUGGUUUACGAAAAUGGGUGCAUGUCUGGGUUGAAUAAGACCACUAAUGCAUUUCCAUGGGUUAACACAACGGUGUCAUAUUUGGAAUCUCUAGUCAAUUUAACCAGUGAUGCACUGAGCAUGAUGGUAUCCUAUGAUGUUUUUGGGAAUGAGACCCAGUUAUGGAACCCACCUCGAACCGAACGAGAUGGGUUUUGGGAAGACAUUGGCAGGUCAGAUUCAAGUGGUGGGUUUGACUUGGGGUUUAAGGGUGGGUUUCCAUCAGGUUUGAUGACAAAUGUGACAGUGUGCAAAGGCAUGGCAAAAGGAGAAGUGUGUGACUAUAUGACAGUGCAGGAAGCAGUGAAUGCGACACCUGAUAAUGAGGGUGCUCAAAGAUUUGUGAUUUGGAUCAAGGAAGGAGUUUAUAAUGAGACAAUUCGGGUUCCGUUACAGAAGAAGAAUGUGGUAUUUUUGGGUGAUGGCAUGGGUAAAACUAUCAUUACAGGGUCAUUGAAUGUGGGGCAACCUGGGAUGACCACCUAUGAUUCAGCUACAGUUGAUUUUGAACCUAGACAGAUUCAAACUGCUAGGCAGUUAUCUGUCCGGAAAACUGCAAACAGAUCUAUUGCAGUUUGA